AUGCCGUCCCGCAACGGACGUAAUGCAGCGGUACCCUCGAACUUGAAUCAUCGGCUGCCUGCUGCCUUUCCAGACCUCCCGGACUUGUAUCCACCUCCGGUUCUCGAGAACGCGCGGCGACGUCCCCCUAACCUGCAAAAUGCUCCAGAAAUGGCCCCAAUGAAUGCGAGCAUACCGGAUAGCCCACGGCGAGGGCACAAUCGCUCCAUCAGCAAUCCGUUCUCGUCGCCGUUUAAGAAGAAAGUAACGAAGCAAGCGACUUGGGACUCGGAUUCCGAUUCAGAUGAUAUCACAUACCCGGCACAUACUCUAGCAACAAGCCCGCGGAAGGAUGGGUGGAAGGGAGGCACAGGAAAGGAGACUGUAGAGGGCAAAUGCCAAACCUGCAAUUCGACCGUACGGUGGCCUCGAGAAUCCCAAGUCUUUCGGUGUACAACGUGCUUGAUGGUCACGGAUCUGGAGGAAGAGCCACCGGGAAGAUCGAAAGAUCGGGAUGCCACGGACAGUUCCCGCCUAAGAGGGCGAGAAAAGCCUCUCCCGCCUGUCCCUUCCGAGAACUCACCACCAUUGCCAGCCGAUUCCCAACCAGGCCCAGUAUUGUCUGUAUCACAAGCGCGAUACUUAAUUGAUGGAUGUCUUUCUGCAUACUUCGAAAGUCUCCUCGAGGAGCCACGCGCACGAUUGGCACCGGAUGACCAUCGGACAACCAGACCACACACGAAGGCUGAAGUACACGUCGCUUCCGCCGGCCCCGGCUCCCACCAGCUAAAUGUUCCUCGAGAUCCCCGCAAUCGAAGCGCUUCACUUUCCCAUUCCAGUGACCGUGAGCGAUCUGACUCCGGUAAGGAAAAUACGGAUUUUCUGUUCCCACGCAAGCCUUUGAAAGAAAGCAGAGAUCACUCAGUAAGGGCCCGUGCCACGUCGGAUGUGGAGAAUGGGUUAAGAAGAGACCAUCAUGCGCAAAGGACGGAUGGACGCAGCUUCCCAGCUGGCAAGGAGCGCGAGAACGUAUCCUCGAUCUUCAAAAGAUUGGAGGACCACAUUAUUGCUGCUUUCAAAGGUUGUGGACCUCUCAAUUCUUCAUUCCCUGUUUAUCAGCAGUCUGCUAGAUCCGCAAGUAGCGGGAACCCCCCAAGAACGAAAGUCAACCCAGCAGCUCAGGACGCCGAACAGCAUGCCCCGCUCUUUGAGCCGGAUGCAAAGACUCUGCUUCUCGGAGACGUUGCCGAGAAUUCGACUUGGUGGAUGACAGAAUGGGCAAAAGAGGAGGGCCGGGUUCAUUCCUCCCGACAUGCUUCUAGUAGCUCUUCCAAAGCCCGGGCAGUGUCAUCUCGAAGCCCUCGUAUCAACUGGGGAGAAAUGAAUCAGUGGUACCAACUUGUGUUACAUGCCGGAAGCACUUGGGUAGAGAAGUGGUCAGCCAAAAAGCCGGAUGCUGUGGACUCCGAGGCAGAUUUGAUUCGAAGCAAGAGAUGGGACUCUGUCGACCUCUCCAUGAUUGAAGAAGACAUCACCUGUUCUCGCCUUCAUCUUCAGCGGACUUUGAUGAAAGCGACAGAGAAUCUUCUUAAACGUCCACGGCAGGUCCUGAAACGGCCAGAAGAUACUAGGUUCUUAUUCAUUCUCAUAUCAAAUCCCAUGUUAUCAUCACCGGGUUCGUUCUCAAAUAGGACACCGGUUUCUCAUCGAGACCAUCGUCACCCAUCACACCCGAGAGACUUCCUACGGCCAAAUAGAGAGGGCAAAUCUCCACAGAAAGAGCCAGCUGCCUCUAAUGCCCGCUCUGGGGAGUCAGGCCAUCAUUAUGGGCCUCUGAAGAGGAUCCUCGGGUUGAUGUCGAAUCUUCCCAAUGAUUGCCAUCAUUACUUCGUGUCAUGGAUGUCGCGCUUCUCGCCCGCACAGCUAGAACGCCUUGUUGAUCUGGUUGGUGGGUUCGUGACAUAUAGACUGACCCGCCAACAUGGCAGUCGGAAGCGUAGCGAGGUCAAGGAUGUGGAUGAAUUAAUCCCUAGCUUUGCCAGCGCCGCCGGCAACACGCCUGCUGAAUUACACGCUGCCAUCAAUCGACGCAGUCCAAACCGGCAAACCGCCAAGAAGAAAGAUACACCUGUGGUGUAUGCAGAGGAUUGGCAAAUCCGAGCCGCUGCCAGAAUCAUGUCUCUGAUCUUUACAGCGAACUUGUGCAGUCUGACACGCAAGCCUGAUGGAAGCCUUGGCGAUGCUAGAUCAAGAUUCCCUGCUGCGCCAAAUCGGCCAGGCCGUGGCCAUGGCUACUUGGUGCCUAUCAGUUCAUUCUACAACACUCUCCUUGAUUAUUCAGAUCUCAUUGGCGAUUUUGAGACCUGGGAGUCGAAAAGCUCGAAAUUUGCCUUUUGUCAGUAUCCAUUUUUCCUGAGCAUUUGGGCGAAGAUUCAUAUUCUUGAACACGACGCACGUCGGCAGAUGGAGGCGAGGGCUCGCGAGGCAUUUUUCAACAGCAUCCUCAACCGUCGCGCUGUUAGUCAGUAUCUGGUGCUCAAGGUUCGGCGGGAUUGCCUUGUCGAUGAUAGCCUGAAGGGAGUGAGCGAAGUGGUGGGCUCCGGCCAAGAAGAUAUCAAGAAGGGUCUUCGUAUUGAAUUCACGGGAGAGGAAGGCAUUGACGCGGGGGGCCUUCGCAAAGAGUGGUUUCUGCUACUUGUCCGCGAGAUCUUUGACCCUCAGCAUGGACUGUUCAUCUACGAUGAGGACUCGAAAUACUGCUACUUCAACCCGUACUGUUUCGAGUCUUCAGAGCAGUUCUUCUUGGUGGGGGUCCUGCUGGGACUCGCCAUUUAUAACUCGACCAUCCUGGACGUUGAUUUACCACCAUUUGCAUUCAAGAAGCUGCUGGCAGCAUCCCCGACACCUACCGCUCCUCAAACCAUGGCAGCACCGCCAAUGAAGUUUAAGUGUACCCUUGAUGACCUUGCCGAAUACCGCCCCGCCCUUGCACGAGGACUUCGCCUUCUUCUAGAUUACGAGGGCGACGUCGCCGAGACAUUUUGCUACGACUUCGUUGCCCAGGUCGAUCGCUACGGAGAAGUCGUCAGUGUGCCCCUUACCCCCGGGGGUGAACAUCGGCCCGUCACAAAUUCGAAUCGACGUGAAUUUGUUGACCUCUACGUCGCUUAUCUCCUCGACGCUGCAGUCGCGAGGCAAUUUGAACCUUUCAAACGCGGGUUCUUCACCGUUUGCGGAGGUAAUGCGCUAUCGCUCUUCAGACCCGAGGAGAUCGAGCAGCUGGUCCGAGGCUCCGACGAGCCACUUGAUGUCAACUCUCUCCGAGCAGUAGCAACUUACGAUAAUUGGUCCCACCCACAACCAGAGUCAGUCCCCGUGGUCCAAUGGUUCUGGUCAUUCUUCGAGACGUCCCCGCCCGACGCCCAACGGAAAAUCCUGUCUUUUAUCACGGGCAGUGACCGUAUCCCUGCGAUGGGUGCCACGAGCCUUUCGAUCAGGCUUGCCUGUCUUGGCGACGAUGGCCCGCGAUACCCGACUGCCCGGACUUGCUUCAACACCCUAGGCCUGUACCGCUAUUCGUCUCGGGAGAGGUUCCAGCGACUGCUUUGGGAUGCAGUAGUGAACAGCGAAGGGUUUGGGUUGAAAUGA